AUGUCACAGCAAGGUGUAAAAGAAACCUAUGUCCAACUAUCGAAACCUUUCUUCACUCUUCAGGAGAUUGAGUUCAUAGAGAGAAAUAAUAUUGAUUUAUACCAAAAUUUACGAGAUUUCAAGUCGAAAACUAAAGCGACAUUCCAAACAUUGAUAAGUCUAGCCAUCAAAUUGAACCUUCCUGUUAAAGUACUUCAGAAUUCGAGUUAUUAUUAUCAGAAAUUUUAUCUCUUGAAUAACAACUACAAAAAAUACAGCAGUUUGCAUUUUGAAGUCGGGUUAUCUGUUCUCUUUAUAUCCUUGAAACUCAAUGAUUUCAUAAAAAAAGUAAAUAUUGUGAUAUCAGAAGCCUUUGAAUUGAAAGGUAUGCGGUUAUCGUCUUCAGAGAUCGAAGAAAAUAAAAAAAUAAUCAUUAGUUUAGAAAGGAAAAUAUUGGAAUUUCAAAGUUUUGAUUUCAGGAACUUCUUGGUUGAAGAUUUUCUGAUAAAGUACUUGAAACACUUUAAUAAAAUCUCUCCUAACAAAUUUUUUUCCUACCUAUGCUGGUCUGUUCUGAACGAUCUAUAUCUGACAUCACUGGUCUUACAGUUUCCAGCACACUAUAAUGCGAUCAUUUCAAUAAAAGCAUGCAAAGUGAUAUACAAUACACUAAUCGAAGAAAAGGUCAUUCCGGGGACAGAACUCCCGGUUGAAUGGGACCUAAGGCCCCUUGUUGCUCAUUUGAAAGAUAUAAGCUUUAUUUUAUCGGGCUGUGAUCAGAUACUCUCAUAUUAUAUUGACAACAUAAAUUCAACUUUUAUCAAAAGUAGUCUGGAUGAAAUGAGUAUAAAAAUCGAAGGUAAGAAAUUUGUUGACAUUCUUAUCAAUGCCAAAAUAGAUAUAAAUAAAAAUUCUCAGCCUGCUGUGGUGCACGAGAUAGUUGAGGAUGAUGUAUUCUAUCGAGUCAGAGACACGGAUAUUGCAAAAUCUGGCGCAAUCAGAUUUCUAUACAAUAGGCAAAGAUUUAACAAUGAAGUUAAAAUGUAUAGAUCAUAA